UACAGUUGUUGAUGGUUGUGCAAAAGGCUCGUUUUUGACACACUUUCUUGUUGAUACGCUCUUCAUAUCACAAUCCAUCCCAUUUUUGUAAACGUAUUUUCACUAUCGUAAGCAAGCAAACUAAUUAUCAGUAAUCGAUGGCAAUAGAUUGCAACACUUGGAAUUUAGUUACUGUAUGCUGCUGCACUAUUGAGAUGCUGGUAAAAAAACUAACGCAAAUAUGUAGACCCCGAUAACCACUGUCGUGUUUAUUAAAAAUCAGAGCACUGUACCGAUGCCUUGAGUGUAUAGCUUGUGUUCAAUAUUGUUUACAAGUACCCUCGGUGAAGUAAAAAAAAAAAAAAAAUUACAAAGAGCCUAGAGCUGCAGCAGCAACAUUUGUCAAGUCGUGAAAAGUGAAUACAUACAUAAUAUGUCAACAUUGAGCCUUGUGAGAAGAUACACUAUAGGUACAAUGGCAAAUAAUUAUUUUGGAUCAUAUAAUUCGAAUCUUUCAAGUGUAAUUAUUGUUUAACCAGUUCAGUUCUUGUUGAUAAAAGUGUUAUAAAUCAGACUCUCUCUUGUGUAAACAUUGUCUCAGUACUGUAUAAUUAUCCUCCAUAAUUUAGAAGCAUCACUUGUUUUUUAGUGUAUAAUAAUAAUAAUAAUAUGUUUAUCGUGACACCUACACAUUACUCAAGACAUUAGUCAAAUGUUUUCGAAUCUGUUUAAGUGCUCAGGCGUGCUUAUUCCGCACGAGACACUAGUUAAUCUACCAGAGUUACUGUAUACCAGGAUCAGUAUCAUGGAUAAUUUGUUUACACAAACUCUAUCCAACGAAGCCUCAAACGACAUACCUCAAACGGAAGGCACUGUCUGGAUACUUGGAAAAAAAUACAAUGCCAAAAGAGAUAUAGAGGCCAUUCGUAAGGACAUUCGAUCAAGACUUUGGUUUACAUAUCGCAAAGGAUUUGUUCCCAUUGGUGGUUUUGGAUCCACGUUUACAUCCGACAAAGGCUGGGGCUGCAUGUUGAGAUGUGGUCAAAUGGUUCUUGGACAAGCGCUUGUAUCUUUACACUUGGGUAGAGAAUGGCGAUGGACACCGGAAACUAGAACGAGUACUUACUUGAAUAUAUUGAAACGUUUCGAAGACAGAAGAGCAGCUCCCUAUUCUAUUCACCAAAUUGCAUUAAUGGGAGCAUCGGAAGGAAAAGACGUUGGCCAAUGGUUUGGUCCAAACACGAUUGCUCAAGUGUUAAAAAAAUUAGUUGUGUACGACGACUGGAGUUCCAUUACUAUUCACGUUGCUCUGGAUAAUGCAUUGGUCAUUAAUGACGUUGUGAGACAGUGUCGCGUGGAAGGAGCAACUACAGCAGAAGUUGACGGUGAAAAGCCUUUGAAAGCACCAAGCCAAUGGAAACCCUUGUUACUUUUAAUACCGCUUAGACUAGGAUUGAACGAAAUAAACCCCAUUUACAUAAAUGGCCUCAAAACUUGCUUUCAAUUCCCACAAUCAUUGGGAUUAAUCGGGGGAAAGCCAAGUCAUGCUCUGUAUUUUAUUGGCUACAUUGGUGAUGAAGUUAUUUUCUUGGAUCCUCAUACGACACAGCGAUCAGGUAGCGUGGAUCAAAAGUCUGAAGACAAUGAAGUUGAUAUAGAUGCCACUUACCAUUGUAAAAUUGCUAAUCGUAUACCAAUUAUGGAAAUGGACCCUUCCGUUGCUUUGUGUUUUUUUUGCGCCAAUGAAAAGGACUUUAGAUUAUUGUGCAGGUUGAUGCAAGAUGAGCUAAUUGCUAACGAAAAACAACCCCUAUUCGAAUUGUGCUCGGAAAGACCAGCCAAUUGGUCUCCAGCGGAAGAUGUGGCAGCAGAAGCUUUGGGAGCGACGGCAUCACCCAUUCCUGGACCCGUGUCUGAUGAAGGAUUCGAAUUGCUUGGUUGACAAUUGCCGGUUCAACUGUAAGACACUUUGAUGGACAAUGCUAAGAAACGUUAUCUUUGUUAUCCAAUUACAUUGGAAAAAAAAAUCAUGAUAAUGUUGUUGGUAAUGAACGAUCUUUUUUUGUUCCAAACCAUGAUAUUAUGCGUCUAUCGUAACUUAUAAAUUUACGCCGUAACCAACGCAUGUCAGUGGAAGAAGAUUAAUAAUUUCAUUAACCAGUGUAAAUAAGUUUGUUUUAAAAAUAACUUUACAAGAGUUGGUUUCUGCGUUAUUUAGGGAUCUAUGGCGAUAUUUUUUUUUUUUUUUUUUUUUUUUUUU